ACAUAAGUUCUUUUUACAGUGUGUCGAUCUCGAACCCAAAUCACCAAAGAUGAAGAGUUAAUUUUCAAUUAAGUGACUUCUAGAAAAACUUGUGAAUUCACCUAAGCUUAAUGAGCUCAUCACUUGUACUUUUCUUAAUCUUUCGCUUACAAAAAGCUAAGCUCACUUCCACUUCAGUGCAUCUUUCGCAGUAAAACAGCUUUCCCACACUUAAUAUAGCAGAAAGAUAUGGAACGCAGGGUUGUUCUUUCUCUCCUCACAUUUGUCAUGCUCUUGUUAAUCAGUGAAAAUAGAGGCUAUGCUAGAGAUAUGAAGCUUCACCAAGAGAGUAUAGAAGAAAAACAACUCGAUCAGCCUUACCUUGAUGGCUGGCUCAAAAACACUCCACUGAAAAAUAAAAAACUCACCCCUAACUCUAAUCCAAGUUAUCUUGAUGGAUGGUUGAAAAACACCCUGGAUCACCAACAUAAAUCAACCCGUAAUUCUAAUUCUGCUUACCUUGAUGGGUGGUUGAAAAAUACUCCUGACGAAAACCAAAAAGCUAUCCACAAUUCCAAUCAAGCUUACCUUGAUGGAUGGUUGAAAGAUACCAAGGAUCAAAAGGAAAAGACUGCACAAAACUCCAAGCAAGUUUACCUUGAUGGAUGGUUAAAAGAUACCCAAGUUGAGAAAGCAAAAUCUACCCCUACAUCCGAUCAAGUUUACCUUGAUGGAUGGUUGAAAAAUACCAAUAAUCAAAAGGUAAAGAGUACCCACAAUUUCAAUCAGGCUUACCUUGAUGGCUGGUUAAAAGAUAGCCAAGUUGAGACAGCAAAACCCACCCCUAUCUCCAAUCAAGCUUACUUUGAUGGUUGGUUGAAAGAAACCAGGGAUCUAAAAGAAAAGACUGCCCACAACUUCAAUCAGGCAUACUUUGACGGCUGGUUAAAAGAUACCCAGGUUGAGAAAGCAAAAUCCACCCACAACUCCAAUCAAGCUUAUCUUGAUGGUUGGUUGAAAGACUCGCACGCAGCAAACUACAAGAAAAUUGGACAAGACUUGACAGAAUCAGACAGCAAACUAUCUUCUAAAGUUGACCAUACAGAGGCAUUCAAGUUAGCUUUUUUUACUCUGGAUGAUCUUUACGUAGGGAAUGUAAUGACCCUGCAAUUUCCUAUCAGAGAAUAUGCUCGCUUCUUGCCAAGAAAAGUAGCUGACUACAUUCCUCUCUCCAAGUCGCAACUACCUAGCCUUCUUCAACUAUUCUCACUCACAAAAGACUCUCCCCAAGGUGAAGAUAUGAAAGACAUAAUUGAUCAAUGUGAGUUUGAACCCACAAAAGGGGAGACCAAGGCCUGUCCCACUUCUUUAGAGUCCAUGCUUGAAUUUGUUCACAGCGUUCUCGGUGCCGAGGCCAGAUAUAACAUUCACACAACUAGCUAUCCGACAACAUCAGGUGUGCGUUUGCAAAACUACACCAUUUUGGAAAUCUCAAAGGAUAUCUAUGCUCCUAAAUGGGUAGCUUGUCACCCUAGACCUUACCCUUAUGCUCUUUACUAUUGCCACUACCUAGACAUAGGCAGUAGGAUCUUCAAAGUUCUUCUAAGGGGUCAAUAUGGAGACAUGAUGGAUGCUUUGGGCAUUUGCCACCUAGACACGUCUGACAUGAAUCCUAAUCAUUUUAUAUUUCAACUACUUGGAAUGAAGCCUGGGGAAGCUCCACUGUGUCAUUUCUUCCCUGUAAAGCACAUUGUAUGGGCGCCACUCCCACCAGAGGCCACCAACUGAACAAGAGGGAACUAGUUUGUAUCUUUGUUAAUCGGUGUCUGUGUCGUUCCCAAUACUUUUCAUGUUGUUGUGAAUUUCUCAGUACUGUAAGGUCUUGUUUCUGUGUACUAAAUAAGGUAUUGUUUGUGUACUAAAUAAGGUUUUGUUGGUCUACUAAAUAAGGUCUGUGUAAUAAAUAAUAAAUAAUUGUGUAUAAAAAUAAACCUUGGUUUGAAGUUUGAA